AUGGGACGAUUUGGUCGUGAAGUAAUAUCAGUACACGUUGGACAAGCAGGUGUACAAAUUGGAAAUGCUUGUUGGGAAUUAUAUUGCUUAGAACAUGGCAUCCAACCAAAUGGUAUGAUGACAGAUGAUCAAGCAAUUGAUCACGAGGAUAUUUCAUAUAAUACUUUUUUUGCUGAAACUAUUUAUGGUAAACAUGUUCCACGAACAAUUUUUAUUGACUUAGAACCAACUGUUGUAGAUGAAAUAAGAACCGGAACUUAUCGAUCGUUAUUUCAUCCGGAACAACUUAUAUCCGGAAAAGAAGAUGCAGCAAAUAAUUACGCCCGCGGUCAUUAUACUAUUGGAAAAGAAAUUAUUGAUGUUUGCAUUGAUCGUAUAAGACGUAUGAGCGAUAUGUGCAAUGGUUUACAAGGAUUUUUAAUUUUUCAUUCAUUUGGUGGUGGUACUGGAAGUGGUUUUACAGCAUUACUUAUGGAACGUUUAUCAGUUGAUUAUGGCAAAAAAUCAAAACUUGAAUUUAGCAUUUAUCCUGCUCCAAGGAUUAGCACAGCAGUUGUUGAGCCAUAUAAUUCCGUUUUAACAACUCACACAACCUUAGAACAUUCCGAUUGCUCAUUUAUGGUUGAUAAUGAAGCAAUUUAUGAAAUUUGCCGAAAAAAUCUUUCUAUAACAAGGUAA